UAGUUGAAGCCAAGCUAGAUAGCUGCCUAUCUAGCACUGUGCUAUAUAUUUCCCCCUCUCUCAAUAGCCUUUCAUUCAUUAAUCGACUUGCCUCAACAUUAAUUCAGAGAGGAUAAUAUAUACAUCUCUAAAGAUUUUAAUUAGAGAGAUUCUGGAUCGAUCGAUCAAUUAUUAAUGUCGUUGGAUAGGGUGCAACUCGAGAUUCAAGAUCGCCAUGUGCUGAUGGAUAAUGGAAUCCUGCAGCUCACAAUAUCAAAGCCAGAGGGAAUUGUCACUGGAAUCCGAUAUGAUGCCAUUGACAAUUUGCUUGAGGUGCUCAAUGAUGAAACCAACAGAGGUUACUACGACGUUGUUUGGAGCUCACUGGAUGGCAUCGGAAAGACGGGAGUAUUUGAAGUGAUCAAAGGAACUAAAUUUGAGGUGAUAACUGAGAGUGAAGAACAGGUAGAGGUGUCAUUCUCAAGGCCAUGGGAUACCUCCCUCCAGGGCAAGCUUGUUCCCCUUAAUAUUGACAAAAGGUUCAUAAUGCUUCGAGGGAGCUCGGGCUUCUAUUCCUAUGCCAUUUAUAAACAUGAAGGUCUGCCAGAAUGGCCGGCUUUCAGCCUUGCCGAGACCAGAAUUGCCUUCAAGCUUCGAAAAGACAAGUUUCAUUAUAUGGCGGUGGCAGACAAUAGGAAGAGGUACAUGCCGUUGCCGGAAGACCGAUUGCCAAGAAGAGGCCAAGCCCUUGCAUACCCUGAAGCUGUCCUCCUCAUCAAUCCUGUGGAGCCUGAAUUCAAGGGAGAGGUUGAUGACAAGUACCAGUAUUCAUGCGAGAACAAAGAUCUGCGAGUUCACGGCUGGAUAUGCACGGACCCUCCAGUGGGAUUCUGGCAGAUUACGCCCUCCGACGAGUUCCGCACCGGCGGCCCCCUCAAGCAGAAUCUCUCCUCUCAUGUUGGCCCCACUUGCCUUGCUAUGUUCAUGAGCGCUCACUAUGCCGGCGACGAUCUGGUGCCCAAAUUUGGGCAAGGCGAGGCAUGGGAGAAAGUAUUCGGUCCCGUUUUCAUCUAUCUUAAUUCUGCAAUGGACGAUGAUGAUGAUGAUCCGCUUUCCCUUUGGGAGGAUGCCAAAAAUCAGAUGAUUAUCGAAGUCGAAAGUUGGCCGUAUAAUUUUCCGGCUUCGGAGGAUUUUCCGUCCUCGGAUCAGCGGGGAGGUGUUACCGGCAGACUACUAGUCCAGGACAGGUAUAUCAAUGACGAUUAUAUACCAGCAAAUGGUGCCUAUGUGGGAUUGGCCCCUCCCGGAGAUGUUGGCUCAUGGCAGAGAGAGUGCAAGGGUUAUCAAUUCUGGACGAGAGCAGACGAGGAUGGUUAUUUUAUUAUUCCUAAUAUACGUUCUGGGGACUACGAUUUUUAUGCUUGGGUCCCCACAUUUAUUGGAGAUUAUCGAAAUGACGUCACUAUUACUAUAACUCCAGGUUGUGACAUUGACAUGGGUGAACUGGUAUAUGAGCCUCCAAGGGAUGGACCAACAUUGUGGGAAAUUGGCAUUCCUGAUCGAUCAGCUGCAGAAUUUUUCAUACCUGAUCCUAAUCCCAAGUAUAUCAAUAGACUUUUUGUUAAUCAUCCUGACAGAUUUCGGCAGUAUGGAUUAUGGGAGAGAUAUGCUGAACUGUAUCCUGAUGGAGAUUUAGUUUACGUGGUAGGCGAAAGCGAUUAUCAAAAAGACUGGUUCUUUGCUCAAGUUACCAGGAGAAAGAAUGACAAUGCAUAUCGAGGAACAACUUGGCAGAUCAAAUUCGAACUGGACAAUUUAGACCAGACUGGAACAUACAAAUUGCGAGUGGCAAUAGCAUCUGCAACUGUUGCUGAAUUGCAGGUUCGAGUGAAUGAUCCAAAGGAGGCGAACCGGGCUCUGUUUUCAAGUGGAGUAAUUGGAAAGGACAAUGCAGUUGCGAGGCAUGGAAUUCAUGGGCUGUACUGGCUGUUCAAUGUGGAAGUAGAGGGGAGUCUUCUCAAGCAGGGGGAGAAUACCAUUUAUUUGACCCAGGCAAGGGGCAAUACCCCCUGGCAGAAUCUCAUGUAUGAUUAUAUUCGCUUCGAAGGUCCUCCUGCCUCUACUUCUAAUACUCCCAAUUAGAACAUCCUUUUGGGUUUCAAAUGGCAAAGAAAUAAAGAAAUGUAAUUUAUUAUUGGUUGAAUAUUUAAUUUUUUUUUUAAAAAUGUAAUAAUUACUUUUUGAGAUUUGAUGUAAUUGUAAGGAUCACACUUCAUUGCUAUUAAAUAGACGAUAAAAUAAUUAUUUUAUCUUUUAUUUUUU